GCCGUGUUUGGUGUGCGUGCGGAGGAGUGUGCAGUCAGCGGGACCGACAUGGCAGGAACGGAGCAGGUCCACAGAAACGUCCCAGAAAAACGUUAAAAAACGGCAGUGUGAGGAGACGACUGCGUAGGAGAACUAGAAGAUCUACAACCAUGCCAGAGUCCUCCACGGUGAAGGACGUCCUCAGCAGCUCUGUUGAAUGUAGAACAUCCCCCUUGAGGCGGUUCAGCCUGACGUCGCUGCACAGAAACUCUCUCGGUGUUUUCUGCUCAGAGGACAACGUUCAGGAAUGUCUGUCACACAUCAGUCAGGAGUUAUCGUCUUUCGGUCUUCCACCGGUUUGGACGGCCGGCGGCGGCUCGGAGCUGAACAUCGUGGCCGUGCUGAACUGCAUGUAUGACCUGAUUCAGCUGCACCGCCGGGGCCUCCGAACGCUGGAGAACAUGGAAGUGGAGCAGCUGAAGUCCAACAGCAACGUGGACUUUCUGCAGCUGAGCACCACACGGCUGAAGGAGCAGCUUGAAAUCUCUAAAAGAGAAAACACGGGACUCCUUGAGAGAGAACGACAGCUACAGCUGAAAGUGAAGAGUUUACAGAACUGCCUGAAAAACGAAAAAGAAGAGGUGCAGAAACUUCAGAAUGUAAUCGCGAGUCGAGCCAGCCAGUACAAUCAUGAGAUGAAAAGGAAAGAACGAGAGUUUAACAAACUAAAGGAGCGAUUAAAUCAACUUCUGGUUGAUAAAAAGGAGAAGAAACAAGCCAUUGACGUAUUGAACAACAUUGGGAGAGCUGAUGGGAAGAGAAGCCUUUGGAAAACUGAAAAGACAGAAGCAAAGCAUGAGGGGGAAAUGUACAAGACUCUGCUGAGCGACUACGACACCCGACAGAGGGAGCUCCAGCUGGAAAACGCAGAGCUGAGGAAAGUGCUGCAGCAGAUGAAGAAAGACAUGGUGUCCAUUCUGAGCUCUAGAAAACAGGCAGCGAAAGGCGACAAACACGAACACGGAGGCACGCAGGCUGCUUCAGAGGAAGAGGACGAGGUGUUUGAUUCCAGUAAGGACAGCGUGGAGCUGUACUGCGUUCAUGCUCGGGAGAAGCUGACCAACAGUAUUCGUCUGCAGUGGAGGAGGCUGAAGAGUCACGUUGAGCGACUGGACAGCCAAGUUUCUUCAGCUCAGACAAGUGAGAGUAAAACCGCCGAUGCCGUUCCACGAGAGACUCACGAGGAGGAGAUGGACCGACUGAAGCUGGAGAUUCAACAGUGCAAAGACUUCAUUCAAGCGCAACAGCAGCUGCUACAGCAGCAGCUCAGCUCUCCAUGCGAUGAGGAAACUGCAUCCCUGCUGAGCGACUGCUACAUGCUGCAGGAGAAGGAGCGACUCGGAGACGAGUGGAAGACCCUGGAGGAGCAGAGGAAGAUCUUCGAGAGGGAGAGGAGGAACUUCACAGAGGCAGCUAUCAGACUGAGCCACGAGAGGAAGGCCUUCGAGGAGGAGCGCGCCACGUGGCUCAAACACCAGUUUUUGAACCUGAGUCCAUUUUCAGACUCAAAGAAACCUUCGCUGUCAAAGUCUAAAAGUGCCUUUUUAAUAUCAGCUGAAACGGAGGUGAGUGCUGCUGUGGCUCCGGAGAAGUUCAUCAAACACCAAUCAGAACCACCCAGCUGUGUCCCGCUGACGUCGCCUUCCACUGCCGACCUGUACCGCACACUCUGCCUUAUCCCAGAGGACAGCUCAACAAAACCAAAGACAAAGAUGGAACACGUUGAAGAGUCGAGCGUAUUUUGUGGAAACGCUCCGGUCCGACACAAACUGUGGGACGACAUCCAAGACCGGACGCUCUCUCAGGAAAAGAACAGCUCCAUAUGAAACCAUAAACACUCAGAAUCAUCGUUAGUGUCCAUUAAAUAUAGAUGGUUUGUGGUGUUUCCGUCUGAACGGUGACUGCCAAAUACUCGAGGAUUGAAUAGCUGUCAGCGGGAGCCAAGCAAGAGUCGUUGUGACUGGGAGAAAUAGUUUCUUUACUAACGCAUGUUGUAAAGGUAUUUAUUUAUUUAUGUGGUUUCGUAAAUGGUGUUUUGGCAGUUUUUUAUGUCUGCGAUUGUGCAAGUAAUGACUCGUUCAGCUUAUUGGGCGGCGCUGCAGCUAAAGUUGUCUAAAUGUUAGCAUCUUUUUUUUCUUUUAUGUUAAACUUGUCAUGGAGCUGUCGAGGAGUUUUAGAAUGUAGAUUUAAUGCUGCUGUUUCUCUCAAUACAAUAAGAAACUGAACAAAUGAGGUACGUUUGUGUAGUUUUAACAUCACAAUGUGGAGCUCCUUUCUAGAAAAUGUUAGAUUAGCAACCGAUGCUGCUGUUGAAUACCAUGAGAGGCUGUAAAACGUAACACAAGCUGCACAAUGCAUUGUAGAUAUCGAGGUUAGAUCACGUUAAUAUAAAUGUAGAUUGUUCUAUGUUUUUAUCUGGGGUUUACACACGUGGACAAAAUUGUUGGUACCCUCAGUUAAAGAAGGAAAAACCCACAAUUCUCACUGAAAUCACUUGAAACUCACAAAAGUAACAAUAAAUAAAAAUUUAUUGAAAAUUAAAUAAUCAAAAACAGCCAUUACUUUUGAAUUGUUGAUUAACAUAAUUAUUUAAAAAAACAAACUAAUGAAACAGGCCUGGACAAAAAUGAUGGUACCUCUAUAAAAGAUUGAAAACUAUUUGACCAGAGUGACAUGAUUAACUCAGGUGUGUCAUUUAAUUGACAUCACAGGUGUUUCCAAACUCAUAAUCAGUCAGUCUGCCUAUUUAAAGGGAGACAAGUAGUCACCCUGCUGUUUGGUGAAAAGGUGUGUACCACACUGAACAUGGACAACAGAAAGCGAAGGAGAGAAUUGUCCCAGGACAUCCGAAAAAAAAUUAUAGACAAACAUCUUAAAGGUAAAGGCUAUAAGACCAUCUCUAAACAGCUUGAAGUUCCUGUGACAACAGUGGCUCAUAUUAUUCAGAAGUUCAAGACCCACGGGACAGUAGCCAACCUCCCUGGACGUGGCCGCAAGAGGAAAAUUGAUGACAAAUUGAAGAGACGGAUCGUUGGAAUUGUAUCCAAAGAGCCCAGAGCAACCUCCAAAGAAAUUAAAGGUGAACUCCAAGGCCAAGGUACAUCAGUGUCAGAUGGCACCAUUCGUCGUUGUUUGAGCCAAAGUGGACUUCAUGGGAGAUGACCAAGGAGGACACCACUGCUGAAAAAAACUCAUAAAAAAGCGAGACUGGAAUUUGCAAAAAUGCAUGUUGACAAGCCACAAAGCUUCUGGGAGAAUGUCCUUUGGACAGAUGAGACCAAACUGGAGCUUUUUGGUAAGGCACAUCAACUCUAUGUUCAUAGACUCAAAAACCAAGCAUACGAAGAAAUGAACACUGUCCCUACGGUGAAACAUGGAGGAGGCUCAGUAAUGUUUUGGGGCUGCUUUGCUGCAUCUGGCACAGGGUGUCUGGAAAGUGUGCAAGGUACGAUGAAAUCUGAAGACUAUCAAGGCAUUCUGGAGAGAAAUGUGCUGCCUAGUGUCAGAAAGCUUGGUCUCAGUCGCAGGUCAUGGGUCUUCCAACAGGACAACGAUCCAAAACACACAGCCAAAAACACCCAAGAAUGGCUGAGAGAAAAGCGUUGGACUAUUCUAAAGUGGCCUUCUAUGAGCCCAGAUCUGAAUCCCAUUGAACAUAUGCAGGGCUUAAAGUUUUCCGGCGCCGCGCCGGAUUUCCGGCGCAUGGAAAUGUACCAUUGAAAAAAUUUCAUCCAUCUCUGUCCCGAAGGCUCCAAACAUGUGCGUCAUUGUGCAUUCAGUUGCUCCGCUUUAAUCAAUCAAACUCCAAAUCCUCCAUUAAAAAAUAUACACCUUCUGUCCAGGCAUGCGGCUUUCUGAUAGAACUUUUAUACAAUUACAGUUCUCUAACUGCGAGUGCUGCGCCCUCUUGGUUCGGCAUAGUCAGUGCUGCUGAGCCACUGAUAAGAAAUAACAGUAUCCCACAAACAAAAUUCAAAUUUGCAAAAUUUGUUGGUGUUUUUUGUAAUUAUAUUUAAAGGGAAUUACUGGAAACACAUUGAUAUAUAUUGCAUAUUAUUUAUUUUAUUUCUGCUUGGACUGUAUACCCAUUCCACAUGUGUCCCAGCCCUGUGGCUGCCUGGUCUCUCCAGAGCGCACGGAGCUCCAAUCUGUGAGUGGUGCGGUGAAGAAUCGAGCAGCUGAUCACUGGUCAAUAGCGUUGGAGCUUGUGUUUGGCCCAAAGACGCAGAUACUAAAGUUUGCUCAGACUUUGUGUGACAGAGGAGAGAGGAUGUGUCUCUGCUGAUUAACAAAGAGAGCAGCCGCUGCCGCGAUCCCUGAGCCGCGGUGUGUUGACUCACCCCAUUGGCGUAAGUGCGUCAGUGGCGAUGCGCGUGCAUGUCCCACAAUCCCCAUGGUUUAAGAAGCAAAAUAAAAACAAACGAGCUUAGGUAUUGAAUUUUAAAAAGUAACAAAAACAGAAGUUGUUGAUUUUGUUUGAUUUCUUAAUCUUUAAACAUUUUCUAUGUUUUACAACGGCAAAAGGAAAAAAGGAAACAGCUAUUUAGUUUGCUGGCUUUUAUUUUGAAAGGAAAAAAAAUCAAAGAUCAAGCCUACUCAGAACAUCUGUUUAGUUAAAUAUGCACAAACUGAAUGUAGCUUAGGUGAUAUUAACCUUUUUUAUUUGAGGACAUAUAGGAUGUUUGUAAUAAUGAGUUAAAUAGCUCUCAGCAGAUUUUGUGACCUUAUGCAUCCGAAUGAUGUCUAGCCACAAACAAAAACUCUCCAAUCUCAAGCAAAUAUUGUUAGUAAGAACAGAAUGAACGUAUGGGUUGUGUGAAAUGAAUAAUGGAUAGGUAGUUAAAUAAGAAUGUUCUUAGGCUGCUUUCACCGUUUUUUCUUCCCAAAAUAUAGAUAAAAAAAUAGAAACAUUUAAAUUGAAAGCCAACUGAACAAAUUAUACAGUGAAUACAUUUUUUCCCUUAUCAAAAACAAACAAAAUGUGUGUCAGUUCAAAUUAAAAAUCAAAUGAUUUAAACUAAUCACAGAGAUUAUUGAGGUGUAUCAAAUGAGCAGUUACUAACAUGUAUGUGUGGUUAUGUGCUACAGAGGGCUUCUUAAUCACAUCUGUGUGAGAAAUGGGCUGACUCCAGAGGAAAAGGCCAGAGUAGAAGUUCAGCAUGAGCAGUCCAUUGCCACCAGGACCCAGAUAAACCAGAUCAGGAAGGCCCGAAUUUCUUUGCUAGUUACAGAGUUUGAGAGAGUCGGCAUCAUGAUCAACUUAUUCAGAGGAAUCUUAUAUUGUGAGGCAAUAACUAAAAUUGCAUUAAAGAGUUAAUACUAGUACUUUUAUUACCUGAUUAAAUACAAAGUUGGUAUAGCAAGUGACAUGACAGUUUAUUCUCUUGUAGUGUUCCAGAGAAUAUUAAACAAGUUCAUUCUGUUGUCUGUGUUUUGCAGUUUAUUUCAACAAACAACAUUUUGAACAUGUUAAAAAGAAAAUGUUCAGAAAGUUCACAAACAAAGCAAAAAAGAAAAAAGAAAUGACUUUGUCAAACAGUAUUCUCCAAGCACUUAAUAUUCUCUUGAGACUGACACUUGAGAUAAUGUUGUAAGUAAAAAUCGUGCCUUAUGAAGGAAAGCAGCAGAGUUUUGUAGCAGUUUUGUUGUGGUUGGUGUUUUGAGUUCUUGUUAAAUCUACUGAAGAGAUAAAAAUGAUUAAAAGUUAUUAAUAAUACAUGUACUUGAUUUUCAUGCUUUUUUCCCCUUUACACUAAAAUUAAUCUUUGCAAUUAUAGUGAUGUGGUAUUGAAACAUCAACACAAAAAAAAUCUGACUUUUGGCACUUUCUAAAAUGUCUUAAGUUUUGGCCGAGUAAGGUUUUACAUUUGAGCAACAAUAAAAUAGUGGGAUCAUAAUGGGCAUUAUUUCCACCAGAUGACCUCAUAUUUGCUCUGAAUUAAUAGAAUCUCAUAUAUAUUGUGUUUUAGUGCAUUUUAAAACACAUUUAAAUACGUUUAUUUACACUAUAAAUUGGAUCUUAGAAGUUCAGGCUCAGGAUUUUUUCUCACUUUAAGCCCUGCAUAUGUGGAAGGAGCUGAAACAUGCCAUUUGGAGAAGACACCCAUCAAACCUGAGACAACUGGAGCUGUUUGCUCAUGAGGAGUGGGCCAAAAUACCUGUUGACAGCUGCAGAACGCUCAUUGACAAAUACAGAAAUCGUUUAAUUGCAGUGAUUGCCUCAAAAGGUUGUGCAACAAAAUAUUAAGUUAUGGGUACCAUCAUUUUUGUCCAGCCCUAUUUCAUUAGUUUGUUUUUUUUAAAUAAUUAUGUUAAUCAACAAUUCAAAAGUGAUGGCUGAUUUUGAUUAUUUAAUUUUCAAUAAAUUUUUAUUUAUUGUUACUUUUGUGAGUUUCAAGUGAUUUCAGUGAGAAUUGUGGGUUUUUCCUUCUUUAACUGAGGGGUACCAACAAUUUUGUCCACGUGUGUAUAUGGAUGGGUCGUUGUGAAAUCAUGUGUUCUGGGAGUAUUAUUGAAUUAUAAGUUCAUAAACAGG